AUGGAAAGGGAAAAUGCUACCUUUCCCAGCACCUUUGUCCUGCUGGGCUUCUCAGAGUUUCCAUGGCUGGAGAUGCCCCUUUCUGCAGUGGUCCUGAUCUCCUACCUCCUCACCCUUCUGGGGAACAGCUCCAUCAUCUUCAUCUCCCUGGUGGAACCCAGACUCCAGACGCCCAUGUACUUCUUCUUGGACAACCUCUCUCUGCUGGACCUCAGUGUCACCUGCAACAUUGUGCCCCAGCUGCUGGCCAACAUGUGGGGACCAGACAACACAAUUGCUGCCUGGGGCUGCAUCGCACAGGUCUGUAUUUUCAGCUGCACUAGUUGCACUGAAUGCAUCCUGCUGGCCAUGAUGGCCAUUGAUCGUUAUGUGGCCAUCUGCAGGCCCCUCAGGUACUCUCUCAUCAUGAACCCCAGGGUGUGUGUGCAGAUGGCAGCUGCCUGCUGGGCCAGUGGCCUGGCCAAUUCCCUGCUUCAAGCCACACUCACCCUCCAGCUCCCCCUCUGUGGUCACCACACCCUGGACCACUUCUUCUGUGAGAUUCCUGCACUCAUCAAACUGGCCUGUGGGGACACCACUGCUAAUGAGCUGGCACUAACAUCGCUGUCAAUCCCAUUUGGAAUGGUGCCUCUUGUGCUGAUAGUCAUCUCCUAUAUCUUUAUUGCUCAAGCUGUACUGAAGCUGCCUUCAGCUGAAGGGAGACGCAAGGCACUCAGCACCUGCAGUUCCCACCUGCUCGUGGUCACCCUGUACUUUGGACCAGCAAUGUUGUUGUACUUCCAACCUUCAGCCAAAAGUUCCAAGGCCAAGUUCAUGUCCUUAUUCUACUGUGUUGUCACCCCACUGCUCAACCCCCUCAUCUACACCCUGAGAAACAAGGAUGUGAAGGCAGCGUGGAGGAGGAUCCUAUAA